ACCUAACGGUCACACAACUUAAAUCGACAAAGGUUCACUCGCCUCACGGACUAGUGGUUCGAAAAUUAGAGUAGGAGCCUACAUUACACACAAUACAGCAAAAGUAUAUCAACUGUUGCGCUGAUAAUGCGUGUUUUCAAGUCGCUGCUUAAAUUAAACGCGUCACUGUAUUGCGCAAUAGCCAACCACACCUGCAUCUAACCCAAUCAAUCUAGAUAGGUGCGUUCACACGAGACCAUUUCCUCAAAGAAGUCUUGGAAUUGAGUGUCGAACAGUAUCCAGCAGCCCAUCACUACAAACGCUGUGUAGCGUUCAUUCGUAAGAUUCCUACCGAACACAGUGUUUGCAUCAACGCUGGAAUGAAGGAUUAUCGGAGGCCAGUGAUCUGUCUUCUCUUGAUACUUCUCUCUGUCUGCAGAGCACAGAAUGAAGUCCAGGUGGUUUGCCAGUCAGAAUCAGUUGUGGUCGAAGGUGAUGAUGCCAUCCUUCACUGUUCUCUGAGAACUACAGUCAGCGCUGUUGAUGGAGUAGUGGAGUGGCAGAGACCUGACCUCCAACCUAAAAAGGUGCAUUUCUACCGCAACCUUGUUGACUAUAAUGAUGACCAGAAUAACAUCUACAGAGGAAGGACGUCUCUGUUUAAGGAAGAAAUGAAGAAUGGGAACAUCUCCUUAAAACUGACCGGAGUGAAACUCUGUGAUGCUGGAAACUACACCUGCUUUGUUCCAACACUGGAAAGCCAAUAUAACAAACAAUCUGUUCAACUCAUUGUUGAAAAAGUGUUUCCUGAGCCAAUCCAGUCGUCAUGGAGGUCCUGGUGGUUUGAUGGUCCGAUCGGUGGUCUGAUUGUAUUGAUUGUUGUAGCUGUAGUUCUCUACAUCCUGAAGAAUAAAGGUCUACUGCACUGGGGAAGAGAAGUAAAUGGGGAUCCACAGAGAAAUGGGACGUCACAGAACAGUAUUCCUCUUCUGAAUAGGAAUGCACCGCCCAACGGGAAUCAGCAAAAUGGCACCAUCCCCCGUGAAGCUAACAAUGCUGUCUAGGACACAGAGGGAGGCAGCUCUUCAGGUUUACUGCUGGUCCUGCAUUACUUGAAUCUCAUCGGGGGGAUUGUUGGUUCCUGUCCCUCCUCUGAAUGUAAAAGACACCCAGACUUGUAACUGCCGUGUGUUAUACAUAAUGGACCCAGUUACACACUGCAGAUUCUCAUGAUAGAAUGGCAGUUAGUUCAACAACCCUGGGACAAUGAAGAUACCUCCUGACUGGACAGUGAACCAUCUAAAUGGGGGUUUAACCUAACCAGCGCUGCUAAUCCUACCUCCAUCUCACACAUACACACCAAAACCAUAACUGGCCUUAUUAUAAACUUUUUUUAUUUUUAUAUGUAGUACUUUGGCAAUAACAUGAUAUUUUGAAGUACAGUUGGUGUAGAAUUAAUGGGUGGGAGGGUUAGUGGUGAUCAUGUUAUUAGUCACAAUGCAAUAUGUUUUUUAUUAUUAUAUUGUGAAUAUGGUUUUUACAAUUUAAUGUAUGAUGACAGUAUUUAUAACUGAAUGUUACAGAGUACAUUAACAAUGAUACCAGCUCUAUGCAUGAAGAACAGCUGACAUGGUUGUUUUCCUUUAAUCGGGAUAAGCUACAGAAAAAUGUCUCUGCUGAUGAAGAGGAGGCUGGUAUCACUAGAAACAUUUAGAUGAGUUUUACUACCUCAGAGUCUAGAGUGGGGUAAUUAGCCCCAGGGGUCUUAAUUCUUUGAUAAUGUCAUUUACAGUUUUAGUAGUCUGUGAAUCCCCCUUUGUCCCAGCAAGGAGCAGGGGCUACAUGAAUUGAUAUAACUUGAAGCAUUUGUGGUUGAACCUAGCUUCAGUAGUUGUGCAUCAAUAAUUUUGUGAAAGCGCAUUGUGAAGUUGUGUAUUACACUUAUUUACCACUAGAAGCGCAGAGCCGUUGACACACUAGAAGCAAGGGUGUUGCUGACAAUGAUCGGUAGAAGGCACAUUGUGCACAUAACUAAUGCCACACUAUUAGUGCCAGAAGAAGGACAUUUGCCAGAAGGACAAUCACUUUAGUGUUUCUUAAUUUCAAUACGUUUAAACAUAGUUUAGAAUAGUUUUGCAAUGCACUAUAAUGUAGCCUAAUUUGGCAACAUUAUUAUUGAACCGUUUCUGCCACAGUCAUGAAAGCAACUUUGUUUCAUACGUUUAAGCUAUGAAUUAUGAAUUAUGAAACGGUUAUUGAUAUGCUAAUUAGUGUACUUACUUUUAACUACUAGGCUGUAUCCUUUGAACCAUUUGAGCUACUGACACAAAACCAACUUUGGUUUACACACAUUGUUCUAUUCUUAAAAACAAAAGUAUAGCAACAUGUAAAUAAGCAUUAAGUUUAAAGUUAUAGAAGAUUAACGUGCUUACCUUUAGUCAGCAUUUCAGUAUUCUAAUGUGUUCCAGGAAUAUGCAUUUCUUAUGUGUUUCUAUUUAGGUCAUGGUGUUGUGGAAAUUUCUUAAUACAAUGUAUUCUCACUGAUUAAAGGACUGAGUCCCACUGUUUAGAUAGGUAGAGGAAUGUGGGG